GCAGUUGCCGAGGCCACUCGGAGGAGGAGUGAUCUCGCGAAAGGAAAGAGAGAGCGCUCGCGAGAACUCAGGCCGCCGGUCCCGAAAGGUUCUUAGUAAGUGUAAGGGCCUCGAGGAGCCCCGAGGGGCCCAUGGCUGGAGCUGGCCCGACCAUGCUGCUACGAGAGGAGAACGGCUGCUGCAGCCGGCGUCAGAGCAACUCCAGCGCUGGGGAUUCGGACGGGGAGCGUGAGGACUCGCCGGCCGCGCGUGCCCGGCAGCAACUCGAGGCGCUGCUCAACAAGACUAUGCGCAUUCGCAUGACGGAUGGGCGGACACUGGUCGGUUGCUUCCUCUGCACGGACCGCGACUGCAAUGUCAUCCUGGGCUCUGCACAAGAGUUCCUCAAGCCGUCGGGUCAGUGCCCGAGGAAUGCACACCCAUCUGGGAAUGUGCACGCAAGGCAUUUAAUCCCUUCUGGGCCUGACUGCACUGCACCCCCGUGUUUUCUGGGACUUGUUUUGGUGGGUCAGAAGGGGAGGGGACCGACGCUGACCUGUGUCCCUCAUGCUCUGACCCUUCUUUCCAGAUUCAUUCUCUGCGGGGGAACCCCGUGUGCUAGGCCUGGCCAUGGUCCCAGGACACCACAUCGUUUCUAUUGAGGUGCAAAGGGAAAGCCUGGU